AUGGCCCAGAGCGUCGUUUAUGCCGACCUGAGGUUCGUGAAGGCCCCUCGGGGGAACAGCACGUGCUCCAGGUCUCAGGAGGCAGCGCUCGCAGAGGAGGACGAUGCGGAGCUCACCUACGAGAACAUCCGGCUGGCCCAGACUGGGGAGGUGCAGCGGGGGCAAGGGGCGGAGCAGAGCAAAGAGCCCAGGUGGAGCACGUGGUACCUGCCCCUCGGCCUGCUGGGGGCCUGCCUCUUCCUCCUGGCCACCACCAUUGGCCUGGGGGUUCGCUACUGGCAGGUUUCCCAGCAUCUGCAGCAGGCGUCCCGAGCGCACGAGGCAGAGAGCAGCCGCCUCUCCCAGCAAGUCAGCACCAAGGGGGCCACCCUGGAGCAGACGGCGAGGGAGCUGGAGCAGGCCAGGCAGGAGCUGGAGCAGGUGAGGCAGGAGCUGGAGCAGGCCAGGGGGGAGCUGGAGCAGACCAGGCGGGAUUUGGAGCAGGCAAGGCGGGACAUGGAGCAGACCAGGCAGGAGCUUGAGCAGGCGAGGCGGGAGCUGGAGAAGAUGGGGCUGGAGGAGAAGAACACACAGGAGCAGCUGCGACAGCAGGAGGCCACGUUACAGGGAACGAAGGAGGAGCUGGCGAGAGUACAGAAGGAGAAGACAGAAAUGAAAGAGAAGCUGAACAAAAUGGAGAGCGCCCUGUCCAGCAUCUGCCCCUGCAAGCAGACAGACUGCUGCCCGGCAGACUGGGUGUUGUACAGAGGAAAGUGCUUGUUCAUCUCGAAGUGGAAGAAGACUUGGGAAGAAAGCAAAGAAGACUGUGAAUGGAAAUCUGCUCGGCUUCUUAUUGCCAAAUCCUGGGACUCGGAGACAACGCCGAAUUUUCUGAAAAAUACUAAUGUGCAGUAUUGGAUUGGACUCAAGAGAGAAUGGAGUACGGGAUCACAGUGGCAGUGGAAGUGGGUUGAUGAGUCGCUCUUUGAAAAAGAGUGGCCCUAUCAGAGUUACAACAUUGAGAGGUGUGGAACAAUAAAAGGUGGUGUCAUAAGCAGUGACAGAUGCUAUUAUUCUCAAAAGAAGCCAUGGAUCUGUGAGAAGGCAGCCAGCCAACCCAGCUCACACGGACCGUGGUUUCCUUAGAGUCCCUGAAGAGACAAUCAGUGAGAGCCCUGCAGGACACUCCUCUCCCGCUGCUCCAGGCUCGGCUCCUGCGCCGCGUUCGUGCCCUGCUCCCACUGCCGAGGAUGCAGCACCUGAGGGCCGGC